AGAGAAAUACGAGCAGCAGGUCGGGCCGGCAAACACAGUUGCACCGAAUGAUAUGGCUUGCCAACUUGGUUGACCUCUAGUGAAGUGUGCGAUCUCGUUGCUAGCGGCUGGCGCACCUAGGCAAUCUUCAAUCAUCUUGUCGCUCGCUGCAUUGCACCUGUUGUUCCGCAUCUUGGAAAAAAUCUCUCUCUUACCAGUCGGUCUUGGCAGUUGAUGGGACUAUUUUCUUUUCUUUUUCUUCUGAUUUAUUAUUCUCCCAUUUUUCCGCGUCCUCCUUUUGUUUUUUAUCCGUCAAUUUCUUACGGAUUUCUUGUCUCUCAUUCCAUUCCCGCCAGCUCUAUCAAACCAGAAAUUUAGAAAUCAAAACAAAAAAACCAAAAGAGAAAAAUAAGAAAAGAAAAAAAGACAACAAGACUAAAACAUCCAUAAGGAAAAAGAAUUGCCGCCAUUUUUCUUUUUUUCUUCUCAACUUCUCAACGACUACUACUUUUUGGUUUUUGUUUUAGAUAUUCUCUUUUGUUUGUUUGUUUCCCCCCAGCAGUUCGGACAGACUUUUAUUCCAUCACCGUGUGAGUGAGUGCUAGCGUGUCUAUAGCGCGCUGCCGUGUGUUAGCGGGAAGCAGAAACCAGCAGUCGGCUACUAUUCAUCUGGUCUUCAUCGUGAACGAGACGAUCUCUCGGUGGCCGAUCUGCCCAGCGAUCAGCCACCAAUGCUGAUAGACAUUGCGCUACUGUUCCAUUUUGGGUUACUGAUUGCGGCUUAAAAAAUCUCAAAGCACCUGUGUCUGCAAGCGUUUCUCCUUCAAUCACGCUCUUUGGUUUUGUUUUUGGUUUUUUCUCUUCCAGUCGGGAAUCCCGAUCUUGAUUUCACAGAAAUCGAUCGACUUUUUGUCAUUUGCAAACGCAUUCUUUUCAAAAAGGGAUUUUUUCGCAUCAUUCCGCUCUUUUGCACAAGUGCGCCGUGUUUCAUUCCUUUCAUUAUAGCGACAACAAAAGCCAAUUGCAAACAAACCAACAAACCGGGAAAUUGCGACUCCCGGGCGCGACUGAAAUUCUCGCCAUUUGGGUCUACAACAUUUGACGAAAGAGGAAUAAAUAUUGUGUCAAUAUAACCAAUACUACACACUUUCUUCCAUCUGUCUCCUUCCCUCAUCCUCUUGUGCGUCUGUGUGUGUAUUGCGUGGGGAGUGCGUGUGAGUGUUCGUGUUUGUGAGUCUGCGGUGUGUAAAUAUGCGUUUCUGGUCGGCUUCGCUCUGCCUCCUGGUUGGCAUGGUCGCCCAAGUCUGCGCCGUCUGGUGGGCGAGCGCCAGUCAGGCCAUGAUGAUGGAACCGAUGCGCCUGUGCCGUCAGCGGCGGGUGCGGCAACACCUGGAGAGAACAAACUUCAACGACAACGGACGACACGAGAGGAUAAAGAGCCGCCAAGUGGAAAUCUGCCGCAAGGAGCCCAAAGUGUUGCAGGAGAUCGUCAAGGGGGCCCAACUGGGCACCAAGGAGUGCCAGCAUCAGUUCCGCAACCGGCGAUGGAAUUGCACCACGGCCCGCAAGAGUCUCCGCAAAGUCAUCGCUAGAGAUACCCGCGAAACGGCGUUCGUCAAUGCCGUCGUGGCGGCGGGCGUGACCUACACCGUGACGCAAGCCUGCAGUUCCGGCCACCUCCUGCAGUGCACCUGCGAUAAAACUAUGAAAGGCGUGUCACCCGAUGGUGAUUGGGAAUGGGGCGGCUGCGCUGACAACGUCCAGCACGGAUACAAGAAAUCACGCGAGUUUAUGGACGCAAAGUACCGUAAGCGGAGUGACCUCAAGACGCAAGUCAUGCUGCACAACAACGAAGCUGGACGACUGGCGGUCAAGAACUUUAUGCGGACUGAAUGCAAGUGUCACGGAUUGUCCGGUUCGUGUACGCUGCGCACCUGUUGGCGUAAAUUGCCUCUGUUUCGUGACGUGGCCACCCGGCUCAAAGAGAAGUUUGACGGAGCUGCCAAAGUGAUUCCGGGAAAUGACGGCAAGACGAUCAUUCCGGAAGUGGCGAGUAUCAAACCGCCCGGACGCGAGGAUUUGAUCUACUCGGAGGAAUCGCCCGAUUUCUGCAAUCCGGAUCGAGUCACCGGAUCGCUGGGCACGGCCGGUCGGGUGUGCAACAGCACGUCACCGGGAGUCGAGGGUUGCGAGCUGCUCUGCUGCGGGCGGGGCUACGAAACGCGGACGACCAAGACGCGCGUCAAUUGUCACUGUCGGUUCAAAUGGUGUUGCGAAGUCACCUGCAAAAUUUGCACCGUCAAGAAACACGUCAACACCUGCCGCUGAUCAAUCAAUCGCAUCCGCAAUAUUCACGCGCAAUCCAGCUGGGAGUGUGACGCAAAAAUGGGGCGAAUUAUUCUCCCCCUGAUAUAACCCCACCCUUUCUUUUAUUUUUCAAAUCUGAACUGUGUACAGUCCUUGGUUUUUCUAAUAUUAUUAUUAUUAUAAUUAUACUACUAAGUCCCCACCUUUUUCUGUUCGUGAAUUCGUUCGUUCGUUGUUGUUGUUACCAACGGAUGUCGUGUCAGUCGGUCAAUAGCGACACGUUAACUCUUUUUGAAUUUCCUUUUAAAAUAUUUCGGUGUCUCUUCUAUUUUAAUAAUAUUGAUUUCGGUUGAAAAAAUCACGAUGAACUUUUCGACGCUACAGCGCAAUUUCGGUUAAGUGAUGCAAUCGCUUUUUUCUUUCACAAUUUUUCUAAAUUGAAUUUCAUUCACAUUCGUGUAGAAGCCAAUCUGCAUUAAGAUAUGACCACAUACUUUGCUCUCCAUUCGUAUAAAUGUGAUUACGAGUUAUGAUCGUAUACGGUUGGAAAAAGAAAAUACAAAAAAUUCAACAAGAAAAAAUAAUAAUAAUAAAAGAUAGCUUCACCCAUAAAAUCAGUUGCAUUUUCCUCAAAUAAAAAUGUUUAAAAAAAAAAAUAAAUAAAAAAACAAAAAACAGCUGGGAUAUUUUUUGUUCUCCUUUCCUCUCAUUCCUUGAUUUUAAUUUUCGAAAUCUGUUUCCCCAUUCUCGAAAUAAAUCAAAGAUUAGAUUUUUUUUAUUAUUAUUUCAUUCUGUCUGUGUGUAUAAAUGUGUG